AUGAGAAGCAGAGAGACUCAGCCAGUACGUAAACGCCGGCGACCUGCCUUGUCUUGCCAGCAGUGUAGGGCAAAAAAGAUACGAUGCGACCGGGGCUUUCCUUGUAGGCCUUGCAUCAAGGUUCAGUCCUCGUCAAUGUGCUCGUAUGUUGAUGAAGGCAAAGUUUUAUUAGAUGCCAGAUUGGAGUCAAUGGGCCCAUCUACGGCUACUGAUAAUGACCAUGAGUCGCCCUCUAGUGGACAAGAUCAAAGGAUUGUAGCUGGUCAGACCCCAGAUAUCGAUCGGAUAAUGCAGCUUGAACGCACUGUUUCUGCUCUUCAAGGGCAAGUGCAAGAUCUACAACAACGCAUUGAUAGUGGGGAUGUGCGGCGACUGGGAAACGAAAGUAUCAGAGACGGAAAGCGUCCUGCAAGGUCUGGUCAAUCUGAACAGCCUCCAACACUUAUUCCACCACUAGAGCUUCGACUCAAGAGUUUUGGAGAGAAAACGAAGCUUUUCGGCACAACCCACUGGGCAAUGGUUUUCCAGCAGUUUCACCUGCUGCGCCAGGCACGUGGCACAGCCAGUUGUACUGAUGGUAAUCAAGAUGAAGUCGGCGAACGGAUCAGAGAAAUUAGGGGGCUGAGAAAUCGUAUUAAAAAGAAAAAUCUCCAGUUCUUGACAGACCCGGCACCGGAUUUACUGAAUGAGAUCCCCUCAAGAGAAAUCUGCGAUGAUCUGGUGCAAUACUACCUACGCACAUUGGGAUUCAUGUACAGAGUGAUCCAUGUACCUACGUUCUACCAAGAAUAUGAGAGCUUUUGGAAGACGCCCACAUCCGCUUCGAAGGGAUUUAUCAUGAAGCUCUUAUUGAUUCUUGCGAUUGGGUCCGUAUUUUAUUGCAACCCAGGGCCUGUGAAUGAGUUGGGCCUUCCGAUUUACCUCUGGAUCCAUGCGGUGCAAUGUUGGCUUUCUGGCUCAUCCCAGAAGGAGACAAUGAACUUGACUGGUUUGCAGGUGCAUUGUCUGCUGAUUAUUUGCCGACAGGCUUAUGCCAUUGAAAAAGACUCGAGCUGGAUAUCGGCUGGCACUUUGCUGCGGUUGGCAAUACGGCAAGGCUUUCAUCGAGAUCCAAGUCAUUUUCCGAGCCUUUCCUUUUUUGAAUGUGAGAUGAGACGUCGUAUAUGGGCGGUUGUAUUAGAACUCAAUGUGACAUUAAGUAUUGACGUCGCAAUGCCUCCACUGUUAAGUUCAGAUGAUUUUGAUACCAGUCCUCCUUCAAACUUGGACGACGAAGACUUUCACCCUCUAAGCUCAACGAUAUCAUCCCAUCCCAAAAGUUCUUUAACUGAUUCGUCCUUACAAAUUCUUCUGCUACGAUCCUUCGCCAUCCGACUACAGAUCACUCGAACGAUCAAUGAGUGUGGACAUGAGCAUUCUUUUGAGAAUGCGUUGAAGCUUGGCAACGAGCUAAACAUAUCAUGCAAAGAAAUAGCUGCUUUUUUCCAGAAAUACCCUGCUUGUUCGAGCGACUCAAGACCUCGGCCAACCCAACUCCACUAUCACCUCAUGGAUACCCUGCUGCGCCGUUUCUUGAUAUAUCUUUACCGCCCAUUUGCAAUUCAAGCCUCUCGUGAUCCACGCUUAUAUCUUGCACGAAAACUCAGUCUUGACUCUGCGCUAAUUAUAUUUUCAUACGGAGACUCCCCCACUGAUGCACCAGCCACAGACUUGACCUCAUACCAAGAUUUCUACCGCCUAGCCUUAUCAGGCGCAGGUUUCUUCAAAUGCCACCUCUCACAAGACGUUUUGAUCACGAUAUGUCUAGAACUAAUAACGCAAUUCGAAGAAGAGGCCGCUACGCAGCCAACAGGUUCGUCUCAGCUUACCGAUGCAAUGAACAAAGUGGCCCAGGCUGCUCGUGCGCCACUCAUCCAAGCCCUUGAGAGAAUACGGAAUCAAUUGUACCAGAGCUUGGCAGCUGGGAUCCCAAGCAUGAAACGGUAUUGCAUCUUGGGAGGUGUUCUCGCUCAGAUCCAAUGCGUGCCUCAUGGGGAUCAGGGUGACUGGACACACAUCCGUGAGGCACUCAUUGAGAGUAUGCAGACUUGCCGCACGCUACUUCAGCAGCAUAUUACCAAGACUUCGCAAUUUUCACCCGAUGACGGUAAAACACUAGUUACCCCCGGGAAUCAGUGGAUGCCUGACAGUGAUAUUGCGUCUAGCUUGGACUCUGGAGUUGCAUUUCCUGGGCUCGGAUUUGGAGAUUUGGAUUUCUGGGAUAUUCCGGAUAUGAUUGACACGAUUGCAUUUGAUUCAGAUCAAAUAUUGUAA